UCAUGAAUUUCUUUCAACAUUGUAAUUAGAUUGUGUCCUUAGUAUAAUUAUAUGAAUGUCCUUAUCCGGUAAAAUUAGAAAAAAUUACGUGUACCUUUGUUUAGCAGAUACAAUAUUAUGAAGCUUGUAAUAUAUUCUAAUUUGUUGUUCACCUAUUUGUUGAACCAUGAAGCCUUAAAUCAUUAUCAUGGCUCAUGGUGGUCUUCCCGAGCUUCUUCAGCAGCGGUACGACGAGAACCAUAGGGGAAGGAUGAUAUUCACAGGACAACAGUUGGGUCCGUUACGAGCCCGGAGUGUGCACAAGAUUAAGGAGUUGGACCCUCGAUUCCACGAGCCACUCGCACGGGCGGGACUACUACCUUUCGCUCUCAUGAUGGCCGGAGCUCCCAUGGAGGUCGGUGGUAGGACACCUCUCCCGGCAAUUGAUGAGGCACUGCUCACAGGUCUCGUCGACCGCUGGCAUCCUGAGACACACACUUUCCACUUUCCUUUUGGUGAGAUGGCAGUAACACUGCGGGACGUGGCCAUGCUGACCGGGCUGCCAAUAAGGGGUGCCCCGUUAAUAGUUUCGCGACCCGCAAGGGAGCAGUGGAAGGGUUAUGUUGCAGAUAGGUUUGGUGUGCAAUACGACGGGAAGGAUGCUGGCCUCUCCAUGUCCUGGGUUCAUGGGCUGACACAGUUCGGUCCAUGCCCACUGGAUGCGGACGAGAAUACACUUAUGCAACACUAUGAGGUGUACUUAUACGUCCUGCUCGGAGGCAUCAUGUUCUGCAACACGGCAGGCGAUUAUGUCGUCCCACAUAUUGUAUGGUUAGCAGCCCACCUCGCGUCACAUCCUUAUGAGCCUACAUCUUACAGUUGGGGAUCUGCAGUGUUGGCUGCAACCUACAGAGGAUUGUGUGAUGCAACCCAGCGAACAAAGAGGAAGGCAACCAUUACAGGGUGCUUACAUCUCUUACAGUUAUGGAGUUGGGAGUACCUCCCGAUUUCCAGACCUUGGGUGCUCAAGUGCUACUACCCAGUUCACAUCUCUGAUGGCAUUGCAGAUGACAUAAGGCCAACGAUGGGGUAUCGGUGGAUUCAUGCCAGGCUAAGAUGGAGUCAGCAGCAAGACCAUGGUAACUACUCCAGGGUGAUAAGUGACCUGGACAUCCUUAGCGCUGAUCUAGUGGAUUGGGAUCCAUGGCGUAUGGCACGAGUAAAAGAAAUUGCAGAUGGUGGACUCCUGGCAUCCUCUUGUAGCCGUGACGCAGACUUAUGGUUGACCACAUGCUUCUUGUUGUACAUGAACUGCGUGGAAGUAUAUUCUCCAGAACGUGUACAGAGGCAGUUCGGGUACCGACAGGUGGUGCCUGUUCCAGCACCACGAGACGCCGGACGGGCGCACGAGUGGAGCUCAAAGGGGGGCGGAGGCACGCAGGACUGGGCAUCCAAGAAUGCCGAGUACAUACGGAGGUGGACAGAAUCAGCUGCGGUGGAUGUCAUCAUUACUGCUGGACAAUACGACGAGGUCACGUACUGGGACUACCUUGCUUGGUACCGUCCGCGCACGCGUGCCACCUUACUCAGCGGACCUGUACAGCCGGGCCCCAGACCCUUCCCCGAGGAUCGUGCCCGCCUACUUCAUACUGAAGAGGCCUAUGAGAUGCAUACGCAAGCGGAUCAACCUUUUGGGGAACCAAGCAGGUCAUCAUCGCAGAGGGAUCGUAACCCUCUCCGGGAGUACAUGAGGACAAGAGGAUCCCGCUUCCUAAACGCUAUACGUGGUCUAGCAUGGUGA